AUGCAAAAUCAGCUUAGACCUCUGUUACCUUACGUCAGCAUCGAUGCCUUAGACGUAACAAGCCUCCGUGUGCAACGGCGUUCGUCGCUUAUGCUGAAACGUUUUCAAGAACUCUUAUUGAACACAACUAGGCCUCUCAUAUACAUCACGUACGCUCUGUUCUUUGCGUGGCAAAUGAUUGGAUUGGUUCUAUACGAAAUGCGGGCUUUCAAAACAACUCUCGUGGCGAAGCAUACUAGCUUUCAGUCAACCGAUAUCGAUAUGUUUGGGCACUCUGAGCAGCUGCAACUAAUCUGGGUGAUUUCGCAGAUAUUUAAUGCUUGGCUGGUUAUACUUGCUUUGUCAAAAGUGCCAUCUUUCCUCGGCUAUUAUUCCAUCUUUAAACGGCUUGUUGGUUUGUCAUCCUUUUGGAGUUUGAUAGUGCUUUAUGGAAUGUGUAUAGUGAGAUAUUUACUGAUUAUCGGGCUCAAUGGCACAGCAAUGGAAAUAGCCUUAAUUUUGGCUUUUUUGUCGGCACGAGGCACUCAGGUCAUAUUAAUCGGUUUAUUGACCUACACUCCGAUCAACCACUCGGAAAAAGGAGUGCUUUAA